AUGUCGAAACCAGACCCCCGCUUUCUGGAGCGCAUACGAGUUCUGAAAGUAGUCCCGAUUGUCAUCGUCAUCAUCUUGGACGUGGAUCCUGCCGAAGCUAGAGAGCAAGGCGAGAUGGUAUGGGAUCGAUAUGAAGCCGACUUCGAGUCUGCUAUCUCUAUCUCUAAAUCAAUUGUUGAUGCGGCUCUGAUCUCCUCCCCAAUCAAUGGCACCAUUGCCCCACGAUUCAUGCCAGACACGGGAUUCGUCAAUCCGCUAUUCUGUGUGGUCAUUUGGUGUCGGAACCCUCACCUGAGACGCAAAGCUAUUGACAUCCUUGAGCGGGCAGCAUGCAGGGAUGGAUUCUGGGAUAGCAGUAUCUGUGCUCGAACUGGUCGGAUUAUCAUGAUGCUUGAGGAGAGGGAUCUUGGCGUUGUGAGUUGCUCGACGGAUAUUCCGAGUUGGAGGAGGAUUUGUGUGAUUGAGCCGAAGUUUGCAGAAGAGGGAGGCGGGGCUUUCAUUCGGUAUAUGAGGGCUGCGAAGGGUGGGGAGAAGGAUGACAAUGGGUUGAUCUUGAAGGAUGUGUUUGAAGAGACGGUUCAUUGGUAG